AUGGGUGACAAUGAACGAUCAUGUUCCAAUAGAGAAGAAUACAACAACACAGUGCCACCCGUAUCACCUAUGCCGUUUCUCUACGAAUUGCUCGAGCGGGUGCCAAUAAUACCUCCAUUAGUUCCAAUCACGCGGUUCCUCGCAAAAAAUUCGAACCGUCACGUUGGCGGUCUUCCUGUACUGCGCUUGAUGUCACUCAGUCGCUCUUGA